GAGCGUGUGUGGACGUUGGAUUUUUUGCCCAGCGAUCGCGAACAAGUCGAAAUACACAAGCAAGCAACCCAAAGCUUCACAGAUUGGCGCGCGCGUGUUAAAAAAAAAACAAAAAAUAUUUCGGAGUCCCCCGCUGUCGUUUCCUUUGCCGCAACACAUUCAGUGGAACUUGUUUUCGGGCUCGGUGGCAUUUGCGACGUGUGUGCAAAAUUAACGAAAUGCCUACGUCUGGCUUAUGAAUGAGUCCCGAGCGUCGUCGCGCAUCUAAUAGAUACAUAUUGAAAGAAUUGAAGUAGACGCCGACGAUAGGCGGCUUUGGUGCUUGGAACGCCUGAAACAAGCUUACUUUUGUUAUUCGUUUUGGCAAAUAAUUGUCGCUCAUAUCUUGCCGGGCCAAAAGUGCGCGUUGUGUGUCCGCUAAUCCAAGAAUUCGCGAAUCCGAGAACCCUGCACGCCCGAGUCAUCCACUUGUCCAGUCCAGCACUCAGUCGCAGCGCAACAAUAUUCGCUCACAUCCUUAUCGAAAGGUGCUCUGCUAACUUUGCGAUUAUAACACACAAAGAUUGUUUGGAAUUGGUGUGGUGUGAACGCACAUGUGUGGUGAAAGUUUCUUUCAAUAACAACAACAACACACAAUAUGUUUGACAACAGAGUUCCGCCGGUGGAAUUGAAUUCGAAAUUGGCGCAGUAAAGGUGUUAAAGGCAAACCGAACUCGCACAGUUGAGUGAAAGGAAGCGCAGACACGCAUUUUCAAUUGUUAAACGUUAAUGAGCGAUACACAACCAAAUACACUAAUUUUUAAAUGGUGACGUCACUGACGCUGACGUUAUCGCUGUCGCUGUCGUCGCCGCCAGCAUCGUCAUCAGCGACAGAGCCAUAGACGCAGCCUCUGCCUCUGCCUCUGCCCCUGACAUUGUGGAUUAUUUAACAGCGCUGAAAAGUCAAUUAAAGGCUAAAAAGCUACAGCAGCAGACUGCGGCUACGGAUGUCGGACAUUCAAUUCGAAAGCCAUUGGCAAACCCGGCUAAAACGUUCCAAACCUACAGAAUAAGCAAUAGCAUAAACUGCCCUAGCAGGACAGCCCGCAGGACGACAGUCACGGCAAUUCAGGCUGCCCACCAGUAACAACAGAAACAACAACUGCAGUCGGUACGGCACAAAGAACGCCGGACAAAGCGCACGAGCGGCGGUAGAAGUGCCACAUAGCUUAAUGAGAUACGGCGGCAACCCCAGCAGGGGACGGCGACGACCGCCGUUAGCGGCGAUGUCGGCCAUUGCCACAUCGACACUGGCGCUGCUGAUUGUUGGACUCGCGGUUCCCCUACCGUCGGCAAAUGGCCUGGCCAAUUGUCCAAAUGGCUGCGAAUGUGACGACGACACGUUGAUGGUCAAAUGCGGCGUGGGGACGCUCGAUGUGUUGCCCAUCACGCUGAAUCCAUCAAUCGAGCGGUUGGUCAUCAAGAACAACAAGAUCAAGUCCAUAGACUCCUCCAUGCAAUUCUACACACAACUUUCGUUUCUCGACCUGUCUUUCAAUGACCUGGUCACAAUACCGCAGCGCACGUUUGCAUUCCAGAGCAAGCUACAGGAGCUGCACCUCAACCACAACAAGAUCGGUCAGGUGAGCAAUAAGACGUUCAAAGGCCUGUCCACCAUCAGUGUGCUUAACCUACGCGGAAAUCUGCUCGCCGAGCUGGAAUAUGGUACCUUUGCGGGAAUGACAAAGCUGGCGGAGCUGAACCUCGGGCAGAACCGCAUUAGCCACAUCGACGCUCACGCAUUGGACGGUCUGGUCAACUUACGCGUUCUCUACCUCGACGACAACAUGUUGACAACUGUACCUUCAGACGUCACAUUCCAGGCACUGCCCAGUCUUGCAGAACUCUUUUUGGGCACCAAUUCGUUCGUUACCAUACCGGCGGGUGCUUUUCAGGAUCUGAAAGGUCUCACACGCUUGGACCUAAACGGUGCGGGACUGCACAACAUCUCCAGCGAGGCUUUCAGAGGCUUGGAAGGCUUGCGCUACUUGGAUCUUUCGGACAACCGUCUCUUAGCGGUGCCUACAAAAGCUCUUGAGCGCUUGGCCCGUUUGGAGCACCUAUCACUAGGACAGAAUGACUUUGAAGUCAUAGCGGCGGAUGCUUUUGCAGGUCUGCGCGAAUUGAGGCAGCUGGAAAUUACAGGUGCACAGCGGCUGCGUCGCGUGGAAAGCGGCGCCUUUACAUCGAACACGAACCUGGAGCACUUGACGUUGUCUUCCAAUAAGCAGUUGAGUGAGCUUCAUUCCAAUGCUCUCGGUGGCUUGCCGCACCUUAGUACUGUAGUGCUCAAGGAAAACCAGUUGAGCACGCUGGCCGAAGGCCUAAUUCCUUGGGAAGACUUGCAGAUACUGGACCUUUCGGAGAAUCCCUUUGUAUGCGACUGUCAGCUGCUGUGGCUGCGCAACCUCCUCAUAAGCAAGAAUUCCAGCAGCCAGUUCGCACCCGUUUUAUGUGCUUAUCCGACCAACGUACGCGAGCUACAACUUAUCCAGCUCUCUGAACCAUUGCUGGGUUGCACCCAUGGAGCAGCAAGCAAGCAAGCCAUUAUUGGCGUAUUGGUAAUGGUCUGUGCUGCGGUCAUUACAGCACUGGCUCUGAUAGUCUAUACCUGUCGAAAGCGGAUUCGCGAAGCGCUCAAGGGGCACUCGGCGCUGGGUCGCAAAGAGCGGGAGUACCAGAAAACCUUCUCCGACGAGGAAUAUAUGGGACGCCCAUCGCCUAGCUGCGGGGGCGUGCAUCCUACGACACCAUAUCCUUGCCUAGGCAGUUACAACGCCGCCUCCCAGUCGCAGUACACACGGUCUAUACCGGUCACUGAGCUCUAGCUAGAAGCGCCGCCCCCACCUCAACUUCGGGGGGGUCGGGGAGCAGCAGCAUGUCACAAGCCUGCUCUUCAGCAAUUGCAAGUGCCCAGCUCCGUUGACGCGCACACAUCCUUCGCCCAACUUAGCCACAUCCACUAUAUGACCAACAACAGCACAACGCCGUUAGCGACGACGGUACCACGCCCAAGCCCUCAUCCGCACUACUCUGAGCAGGACAUGCGCAAGCUAGCCAACGGCGGCAAGCCACUUAAUGCCUCCUUACCUCGUCACCUGGCCAAACGUCAGGCAAUGCAGGAGAGCACGCUGUCCCACUACAGUCAGCCGCUGGCGAUUCGCCUAACGCAAGACCAUUUCAACCACAAUGGAGGCUACGCCAAGCCCUGCGACGCCAUGACCGACGGCUAUAUCCAUAACAACUCCCACUACUCGCUUCCUCUCGAUCAUGAUAUGCCACCACCUCCCGCACCAACGCCCCCGCCUCCGGCAUUGCCGCUGCGCAACGGGGUCGGUGUGGCCUUAGUACAUGGCAACACCACUGGCAGGCGCUCCUUUAACAACAACAACAAUAACAAUUUGACCAUGAUGUCCAACAACAACCAUAAUGUGGCGGGUGGCAACAACAACGGGAGUCUGCGUAGGUAUCACUGAUAUACGCUAAAGUCGUGCGGCA